UGGAUGUGGAGGAUAGAGAGGCUUGGACAUACUGGUCCACUUCUCGCUUUAGAACCAUAGUGGGAGUAGAGGAGAGAGAGAGAUGUCGAGUUGUUUGGGCAGCACGGAAAAACAGUCGCAAAAAGGAGAGAGAGAAGGGGAAGGGGAGUUCACGUAAGAUGGAAGGAUGGGCCGGAGUGGGGGCAGGUUAUAUACGCCUGGCGGGGGUAUCCCUGUUAUCUCUCGCUCCAGAUUGA